UUUGCUUGCACAGCCCGUCCCGAUGCUCCGGCGCAUUCCCAGAGGAUGACGGCACAAAUUCUGGCAGCUGAACUAGGCAACCUCAUCCAGGACGCGAAGCGCAAGAACACCGAACUACGCAACGCGGCAGAGACAGCCUUGAAAGACCUCAAAUCGCUCUCGAAUACCUCAGAGGCCCAGCUUUCAGCCGAUUUGUCCCGGCGCCCUCACUUCAUCUCUCCCUUCUUGAUUGCCUGCAGUACUCACAAUGCCAAAUUCGCAUCCACGGGAGUUUCGUGCCUCCAGAGACUUAGUGUUACACGCUCUUUGCCACGGGAACGACUGACCGAGGUUCUGGAUGCACUUCGCGAGUCGGUAUCAUCGAGCCACGACAUCCAGUUGAAGAUACUGCAAGCACUGCCUUCUCUGCUCCAGAACUAUUCUGCAGAGAUACGCGGUGAUGCACUCUCAUCUGUUCUGCAAAUCUGCUCAAGCCUGCAGAGCGCGAAAAACUUUGCCGUAAGCAACACGGCAGCUGCGACACUGCAACAGCUUGUCAUUGUUGUUUUUGACAGAGUCGCAUCCGAAGACGAAAAGGCUCUAGAGAUUCCCACGGUGACCGAAGUGAAAGGAGAUGAUGGACAGGUCUCGGUCAGGCCAGCAGCGAAUGAUGCUUACAAGAUGUUCACCGAUCUUGUUUCACUAAUUGUCGGAGAAAAGCCCGUCUUCAUGCGAUUUUCUGCGCUACCACCGGCUUCGACACUGGAGCUAAUAGAGGCUGUAUUGUCAAACCACAACGCAAUCAUGACAACACAUCCGGAACAGAUACAUAUCGUGCGGUCCCAACUGAUGCCGCUCAUUAUCCGCUCCUUAUCAGACCGCCUAUCAUUUGCAGUAACUGUACGCAUCAUACGGAUACUCCAUCUGAUUAUUCGAUAUCAUCUUGAUAUACUUCCUUCGGAGUGCGAGAUCGCACUCGGUCUUUUGAAUCACAUGCUCGAUCCAGAGGCAUCUCAGGCAUGGAAGAGAGCACUCUGUCUAGAGGUAUUUCGCAGCAUCUACGCCGAUUCUAAGCUGCUUCUGGCCAUCUAUGCACUAUUUGACGCACAAAGCGAAAAGAAGAAUGUUUUUGGUGACAAUUUGGCCGCCUUCGUACGACUUGCAGCUGAGAAACCUGCAGUCAUUGGCCUAGGUCAGCAGUCAACAGCAGUCACUGGUUUUGAGGAUGGAAAGCCGGCGCUCUCUGAUCAAGCUGUCGCUGAAGCAGGUGCCCUAGCUGGCGUUAUAGGUGGUCCUGCGAGUGACAGCAACAAUACUCGAUUCUUUGGAAUCAGCACGCAAUGGAGCACCCUGAAAACUCCGUGCAUUGAACAUCUUGACAAGUCCGAACCCCCUACCUUGCCCGAUACUUAUAUCUAUAGUCUGGUCUUGACAUGUAUCACCAACAUCUCCGAGAGUCUGGCCAAGUUCGUCCUUCCUUUAACCGUACACCACGAAGGUCGGAAUCGGAAAAAGAACAAAUCUGAGGACUCAACCGAGCCCGAUGUAGAAGGUGCCACGCCGGAUGAAGGCUCUCGCCGGCUUUUGAGAACCCAGUCUUUCCGCAAGAAAACUAUACCCGUUGAUCCCCUUGACCUGACCGAGCACUCUGCCUACGCGUCUGUACAGACAUCAACCAAUUUGGUCACGGAAUGCUGGCCAGCGGUCCUUGCCACAUGCUCGACAUUUCUCAAUGCUGCGCUCGACAACGACUACUACCGUGCUCUAGUCCGAUCGAUACAAAAGUUUACGCAGGUCGCCGGACUGCUCAGACUCUCGACACCACGGGAUGCAUUCCUCACGGCCAUGGGCAAAGCAGCAGUCCCAUCAAAUCUGCUGCUGGCAAACAUGUCUCAGCCAACAUCAACUACGGCCGACAAACCCGGGGUUUUCGCUAAUGCCAAAGCCAUGCUCAGCGUAGACAGCUUCGUGAGUCAAAGCUCAAUAUCAGUAGACAAAAAUAAAAGUUCUUUGAACGAAUCGGCAAUACCGACGUUGAGUCCUCGGAACCUGCUGUGUCUGAGGGCUUUGCUGAACCUGGCGAUUGCACUGGGUCCGACCCUCAACUCCGCAUGGUCGAUCGUUUUCGAGACACUACAAGUAGCCGAUCUGGUCAUGGCCUUAGCGAGCCAGGCCAGCAGCCGUGGAUCUGGACUUGCCAACCGCGCAGAUGGAGAUGGGAAUGCUGAGAAGCUAGAGGCAGAGACCUCGGCUGUACAGAGUGCAGCUCGCAGACUGUUUGAGAGCACCGUUGAUUUCCCCAAUGAGUCGUUCUCAGAAGUGUUGCAAGCGUUGUGCUCCCUUCUCAAUAGCACGCCGCAGGAAAGUGGCCAGAGAACGCCCACAACGUCCAGUCGUCCCAAGGUUAUGCACCAGCGGCGCCUAGGUAGCGCGUCCGGAAUCUCCAUGAAUUCCGAAGCAAACUCUCGCGAUUCGGCCUUUGCUUUAAACAAGAUUGGAGAGCUCGCAACUCUGAAUGAGGGCAGGCUAGCCCAGUACGAUCCUGCGGAAAGCGGUUGGGAUAUCUUAGUCAAGGAAGUUGUACGGUUUUCUACGGACAGGCAGAAAGCAGCGCCCACGAGGUUGCUUGCCGCUGACAUUCUAGCUCGCACUGUCCGAGAUAUUGCUGAACUUUCCAUGGCUGAUGAACAGCGCGAACAGAUUCAGGCCCGCAUCCUCGCUGCAUUACAGACACAGAUUGCACACCUGUAUCGCUACGAUGGACUUCAUGAGGAGACCGUCAGCGAAACGGAUAUACGAGUCCAUCAAAUCGCUCUGGAAGCACUCAAGAGCGUGAUCGAGCAUUGCGGCGAGUCGUUGGUCGCUGGCUGGGCUUCUGUCAUCGAGAGCCUAAUGAGUGCAUUCGCAACGACAAAGCCUUCUACACAAGGACCAAAUCAAGAUUCAGAGGUUUCUGAGGCUGACAACCGCACGAAUAAUGCCCCAAAUGUUAUAUCGAGGUCUCUUGCACGAUCAGCAUUUGUAACAGUCAGCCUUAUCUGCUCAGAUUUUAUGAGUGUCGUCCCAGAUGCUUGCCUUUCCACGCUUUUGGAGCUUUUGCGUAGGUUCUGCUCUCAGAAAGAGGACCUCAACAUGUCCCUAACUGCAAUCACCUUCUUUUGGAACGUCUCGGACUACUUGCAAUCACAGACUAAUCUCGCAUCAUUACCAGAAAUACUGGGUGAGGAUGACGAAGUCAAGCUUGCUGUCUUUGCAAGUUCGCAGAAAGGAACAACUUCCGCGCUAUGGCUCCAAGUGUUGUUGCACCUUUCUACCAUCACUGUAGAUGAACGCGUUGAAGUCCGGAACUCUGCAAUUCAAACAAUCCAGAGGAUUUUUGAAAACUGCUCCGACCAGCUGUCCUCGCAAGCAUGGUUGCUCUGCCUCUGUGCCAUAUUGUUCGACAUGGUGAAGGCCAAUUUGGAGGUACAGCGUGAAGUUCGCGCCCAGUCACCACCGAAAGAUCUUUUGAAAGACUGGGGACAAACCACAAAAGCCGUACUUCAGACGGUGAGCAUUCUAAACAUCACUUACAUGGAGAAACUGGAUGCGUCUCAACUUGGAGAUGCAUGGUCUGAACUACUUGACCUCUUGCAGCGGUACUUUGAAUACCGCUCGCAUACUUUAGGAGCAUCGGUUUUCAACACAAUCACAGGCGUUCUUUCUCAAACUGAAAGCAACCCUACAUGGAAUAUCGAGCCAUUGCUGAAGACGGCGGUAGUUUGGAAGAGCUAUUUCCCAUCACACGAUGCAUGGCAAGAUGACAACGAGGAAGAUAGCCAGGAAGCUUUUGUAGCCUACGCAGAUGCAUUCAAAGCAAUGUACCAUCUUGCCGACCAACCACUUGCUGCGGAAUUGCCUUCGAUGCUGGCAAAUCUGGAAGCCUGUGUUGUCAACUCAGAAGAAGUUGCCUACUCUUCUGACGUGGAUAGUAUGACCGUCCUCCAGAGUCGGGUCCUGGAGUGUUUGUCAAUAGUCAAGACAGAAGGCUCAGAGAUUCCAUCGUACCUGAUACGAUUGUUGGGUCGAUUCAUAACACUGCCCUAUGUCUCACUGGCCAAGUCUCCUGACAAACGUGGACCGACCUUUGUCGCACUAUCGAAAGCUUCAAUGACCCUUCUGCAAGACACGGCUAUCAAGCAUAUCGAUCAAGAAGCAAUCUACACAAGCAGCGCAUUUGCUGAUGCCUUGAGUAGCUUGGCACGACCGAUACAAGAGAAGUACAUCUGGCAACGGGAAGGCAAAGCACCAUCACUAUGGCAGAAAGCCACGACGACAAGUAUAGCUAUUAUUAAGCCGGCAUUGUCACAUCUUGGCUCCAACAAGGAAAUCUGGGCUAAUUUAGUUGAUAUCGCUCACUACAUUACUCGAGCGCAACUAUCAUCCGACGCUCCCGUGUCUCUCGAGAAAGACGAGAACUUUGAUAUUGAGUCAUUUAAACAGCUUCGGGAGCUCAUUACUAUUCCUCUCGGCUCUACAUCGCUUCCAGAUAACCUUCGACGGACCUAUACCUGCAAUCUCUUCAAAACGUCUCUAAUACACAGCCCUUUGCCUGGAGAACUGCCUGAUGUGGCUACUGCUCCACUUGAAGAGCUCUACAAAAUUCGCCUAGGUCAGACUGCCGAGCUUGGGUGCACAUGGCGACCAAAGAUGGGUUAUACAUGUCUCUCUGAGCUUUUCAACCUCGUCGCCGUGCAUGAAAGCAGUCCCGAACACGUCAAGUUGGCACAGGCGGCUGCCCCAUACCUCAUUCUCCGGUGUGCACUUCCGCUCAAGACUUACAUAGCAGAUCAUCCUUUGCGAGGGCGUAUGCCUGCGCCCGACUCCCAAAGACGCGAACUACUUUUCGUACUGAACGAGCUGCACAAGCUGCGGUGUGAGCCACAAGCCAUACCCAACGCUCCAGGGGUGAGGUCAGACAACAGACGGCAUAUCCACAGGCUGUAUCCGUUGUUGAUCAAGGCAUCACGAGUUGCACGACAUGAUGGAGAAGCAUUUGAGAUUUUGUCGAGGCUGGCGGACGUGGUUGCGGACGAGUUUGGUCUGGAAGAUGAAUCAAAUCAGAGGUAG